CACUCACGGCGGCUCCGUCGCAGGUACGGAGCGAGGAGCAGCCCGCGUCCUCCGAGGUCAGCGUCAUGAGGAGCCUGCCGUUCUUCUGCCGCGGCCAGGUGGUGCGCGGCUUCGGCCGCGGCUCCAAGCAACUGGGCAUCCCCACAGCCAAUUUUCCUGAACAAGUAGUAGACAACCUUCCAGCUGAUGUGUCCACUGGCAUUUAUUAUGGUUGGGCCAGCGUCGGGAGUGGAGAUGUCCAUAAAAUGGUGGUGAGCAUAGGAUGGAAUCCGUACUACAAGAAUGUGAAAAAGUCCAUGGAAACCCAUAUCAUCCAUACCUUCAAAGAGGACUUCUAUGGGGAAAUUCUCAAUGUGGCCAUUGUUGGCUACCUCAGACCUGAAAAGAACUUUGAUUCUUUGGAGUCACUUAUUUCUGCGAUUCAAGGUGAUAUUGAAGAAGCUAAAAAACAACUGGAUUUACCAGAACAUUUGAAACUCAAAGAGGACAAUUUCUUCCAAGUUUCUAAAGACAAAAUUAUGAAUGGCCACUGAUGAGAAGUACUUUCCCUGUCCACCCACUAGUGUCUCAGUGCUUCUGAUACAGUCUCAUCCUGUUCCUAUUUUAAAUCAAGCGUUUCUCUGUAGAUGUCAAGAGGCCUCCAGCAGUUAGCUCCAUCAUGUUGCAUAGUACUGAAGAGUCAUGCAGAAAUCAAGACUUUAAUGUAAUAUGUUGAUUAAAAUGUAGCGCUAGAAAGCUAGUGUCUUGUAAUAAAAAUAAAGUCUGUGAGUGUGGGUGGAAAAGCAAGUUACUGAGGAAAAUGAGGACUGGCCGUAGUUCUUGUGACCAUAUGUGCUGAUGCUGGUGAGCCCAGCAAGCAUGCACUGCUGAACAGAAGCUUUCCAGGACAUGCACUACACACACGCAUAGCUUACCCAAGGAGGAAAAUCUAGAGUUACUUUAUUAUUUCAUACAUUAAUAUAUUUUUAGAAUCUUGUAAGCUUUCGUGAGCCUUGAGUCACUCAUUCCCCAUGAGGUCACUUCCUGGUAGUGUCCCAAUGCUCUGUGUGGAGUUACUUCAGGUUGAAGUGGCCUUGAUCGCCCCCGCAUCAGGUUUUCGCUUUUCUGCGGUGUACUGAGGAUCCAACCCAGUGCCUUACAUGCUAGCAAAUGUGACCACUGAACUAGGCUCUUGGCCCCCCUUUUUUUUUAAAGCCAUACGAUGUCUACAUGUUUCCUUUUUGAAGAAUAGAUGUUUUUGCUCUUUAACAUUUUGUGAUUUUUGGUUUCUUCCUUUUUGGCAUACCCGACAAACAUGUGGCUCAGAGAUUGCUUGUGUGUGUGCGCCAUUCUGCUCAAAACUAAAUGAUGGUCAAGUGCAAGGAUGCAUUGUAUUUUUAAGAAAAAUAAAACAAUCUGUAUUUAUAGACUUGCUUGGAAUUGAAAUGAACACAGCCAGUUCCUACCCAACCCUGCCCUGCCCUUUUUUUUUUCUAAACUGCUCUCGUAUGUUUUCAAAGUAAAUAUAGUUCUCUAUGAAUAGGUACUUAAAUAUUAUUUAAAAGUCCUUUUAGCUUCAGAAACAGAAAAAGUUUUAGUUGCAUAUCUUUCUAUCUCCUGGUUUCCCUCUUAUUCUAACUUGGCGGCUUGAGUUGUGUAUGUUAGCAGAAGGUUGACAUUGGAUGACCGGGACUGCUUUGGGCUUAUCAGUGCAUUGAAUCAUCAUUUGUUGAGUGGCAGCAGGUUUGCUGAGACAGAGGCACUGCCUGGUGAGAGUGUACAUGUUAAAAUAGGCAAUUUUAACAACACACAGACUUGCUCUCUGCAUGUGUGUGCAAGUGGGUAUAUGGGGAGGGAUGGAACUCAGCCCUGUGAAUGUGUUCUAUGACUGAGCAACAUCCCUAGUCUUCAAAAUAAAAUUUUUGAUGUUGGAAAUCCCAUAUUUAAAGGAAGCCUUAAUUAUCAAUGGAUUUAUGAAGGAAAGUUAAAACAAACAAACAAACAAACAUGGACAGUACAAAGUAGAUCUGUGGGUUUUUUUUUGUUUAGUAAGAGUAGUUUGUUAAUUAUGUCCUUAUUAAGUAUAUCAACAUUCAUGGCUGAUGUCAUCUCACGUUUUGUUAAACAGUCAUUACUUUGGAAUUAUAUAGUGUGUGGUUUAGGGCUUAGUUAAUUCUCUAGAGUUAAAAAACUGUGUUGUGGAUGUAUUAUGAGAAGUUACAGUACCACUUUGAUUGGUCUGAAUGUUUGCAGGCCUUGGAAUAAAAUUUGACUGUUAUUUUUUU